CUCUGAUAUGCUGAUUAUAAAACGAAAUAUCAGUUUUUUUUAUUUGUUACAUAGCAAAGAAAACCCUAAUCGAAUCAUCAGGAAAAGAGAGCCGAACAGCGAUCAAAGCAAAUGGAGGAUCCUACGGUCAUCAAUGGCGAAGUGGAGGACCAGACGGUGGAUAAUUUCUACGACGCCGAUGAAACCAAACUAACCCUUCUGAAUACCAAAAUCAAAAGGCUUGAAAGUCAGAAGUUGGACCUGAGCAACGAGAACAAUGAUUUGAAGGAGAGGAUCGAGAAAAUAACCUUGGAAUUUGAUCGACUACGGAAUCAGGAAGCAGAGAUGCGGAAAGAAAUGGAUCAGUGGGAAGAAGAUAAGAGGGUUCUGGAAUCAGUCACCGCGAGAUCGGCUUCUCUUGAAACCGAGGUUGCCAGGCUUCAACAUGAUCUGAUAACUUCGUUGAGUGAAGUCGAUGAAGCGAACAAGGAGUUGAUUCGGUUAAAGGGAGAUUUGGAAGAGAAAGGGGCGUUGAUCGAGAGAUUGGACAGGGAAAUCACCGAAUUGAAAAGAGAGAAAGUUGAGGGCGAGCAGAGAGAGAGGGAGUUGGAGAGGAAAUUAGGAGUUUUAGAAGUGGGGGAAACAGAGGAGAGGAGCAAGAGAGUUAGAACCGAAGAGGAAAUGAGGGACAAGGUGAAUGAAUUGAUGAAUAAAGUUAUGGAGCUCGAAGCAGAAUUGGGGAGAACAAGGGUUGAACUGGAGACGACUAAGGAAGAAAAACGAGAAUCCGAGGAGAAGGCCACGCGGCUGCAGAUGAAGUUGUUGGAGUUGAAAGAGAAGGUGGAGAAGAAAACUUCUGAGGGCAUCAAUGGCAAGUCUAGGGAGAUUGCGUGGACUGCUGGGAGUAAUGGUAAAGGUCCCAGCGUGACGCCGAUUGUGGCAGCUGGAACGGCCGGUGCCAUAGUCGUUGCGACUGCUGCGGUGUAUCUUUGCUGUAGGAAGAGGUCGUGAAUCAAUGAUUACUGGUGCAUGAUGAUGAACAAGGUUAGGAUAUUUAUUAUUAUAUUAAUAAUGAAUUUGGGUCUCGAAUAUUUGAUAGGCAGUUGGGUUUUCAGUUUUUUGCCCAUGAAUCUCACUUCUACAUAUAUUAUGUUGUUUGGUAGUUGAGUGUAAAACAAGUGUUGCACUUGUGUUUAGUUUUUCUUGAAGGAAUUCCUGCAGUUUGGCUUAAUGUA